AUUGAAAACACCUGCUGGCUCUCAUUCCAGCAUCGUGAGCAUUUUCAUGGCGUCUCCUUUCUGAUGUUUCCAGGUUUUCUGGCUCCAUUGACUGUUGAUAGAUGCGGGUUUCAUGGAGGAGGAAAGGGAAGCCGGUCCUUUGAAGGAGGAAGUCAUGGAAGGAAGUGACGUGGGAAAUGUUCCCUUUCCAGGUGAAGGACACGAUUGUCAUCCUUCAACGAAGCCAUAUUGGGUGUCUCCAGAGACCAUCAAGCAGGAAGUGAAGGAAGAGGUCUUUGAGGACCACGAGGAGCCUAAGAAGGAAGAAGUCCCACCAAAGAGAGGAAGGAAGAGAAAGAUGAUUUCUAGGCAGGCUGGUGAUUUCUGCCAAGUCCCCGUCCAACAACAACAUCCAAAGAGUGAGGGUCCUUCAUGUGGGAAGACCUUCUGCUCCAAACUGAACCUUGACUCACAUGAUAGAAGCCGUGCAGUGGAGAAAUCCUGCAAGUGCAAGGAUUGUGAAAAGAGCUUCCUUAAUUCGCACCUGAGAGUUCACCUGAGAGCGCAGAAACCCUAUAAAUGCACAGACUGUGUGAAGAGCUUCAGUCACAAGUCCAGUCUCGCUCAGCAUCAGAAAACCCACCGUGGGAAUAAAAGAUUUACAUGUCUAAGAUGUCAAAAGAGCUUUGAUAGUCGAGCCAGCCUCGGAGCGCACAAGGAAACCCACAUCUUCACAUGUCUGGAGUGUGGGAAACAUUUCAGCCUCAAUGUGUACCUGACUUUGCAUGAGCGAACACACACCGGGGAAAGGCCCUUUACGUGCCCGCAAUGUGGGAAGAGCUUUCUCCAGAGAGGCCACCUUAGGGUGCACCUGAGGACCCACACAGGGGAGAAGCUGCACCAAUGCGACACGUGCGGAAAGUGCUUUGGCCAAAAGGCGCAUUUCGCGUUGCACCAGAGGAUCCACACGGGAGAGAAGCCCUACAAAUGCCCGGCGUGCGGGAAGGACUUCCGCUACAGCAUCAACCUGGCCGAACACCAGAGAGUCCACACGGGGGAAAAGCCGUACAAGUGCUUCGAGUGUGGAAAGAGCUUCAGUUGUCGCUCAAAUAUGAAUUCGCACCGAAAAACCCACACGGGGGAGAAGCCGUACAAAUGCAUGGAGUGUGGGAGGAAAUUCAGCCAUAGCGCCAGCCUCAUCCAGCACCAUCGGAUCCACACCGGAGAUAAACCCUUUUUGUGUUUGCGGUGUGGGAAGAGUUUCAGGACGAGCACCGGUCUCAGUUUGCACGAGAAAGUUCACACUCCGCUGAAGGCAUACUCGUGCCUGGAGUGCGGCAAAUCCUUCAUGUACAGGUCGUAUUUGAUGACACAUAAACGGAUCCACUCGGGGGAAAAACCGUUCCAAUGCCUGGAGUGUGGAAAGGCCUUCCACCAGCAACCGCACCUCGUGACGCAUCAAAGGACCCAUACCGGAGAGAAACCGUUCCAAUGCGCCGAGUGCGGGAAGAGAUUCAGCCAGAGCUCGCACCGCAAUUUCCACCAGCGGAUCCACACGGGAGAGAGACCCUUUAAAUGCUUGACCUGCGGGAAGAGCUUUGUGAGUAGAAGAAACCUGACUUCCCACCAGCGGACCCAUACGGGGGAGAAGCCCUUCCAGUGCUUUGAGUGUAAGAAGAACUUCAGCCACAAGUCAGCCCUCCGCAUCCAUCACCGAACUCACACGGGGGAGAAACCGUAUCCUUGCUUGGAGUGCGGAAAGACCUUCAAUUGUAGUUCAAGCCUGACCACCCACCAGAGAGUCCACACUGGGGAGAAGCCGUUCCAAUGCUUGGAGUGUGGGAAGAGCUUUGCGACCGCCACAAACCUUGGGGUGCACAAGAGAGUCCACAGUAGAGUGAAGCCGUAUGAAUGCUUGGAAUGUGGGAAAAGCUUCCGGUGGAGCAGCCAGUUUGCAUCCCAUCAAAAGACACACUUGAAGGGAGGAAUCUGAAACAAUGGGACUACCUCAGAAGAUUUCAAGGCUAGUCUGUUGUUAUUGGCAUAAUGGAUUGCCGUUACAGUUAGUCCACCACAUUUGUGGGUCUAUCUUUUAUGCAUUUGGUUACUUUUAUGAACAUUUUCUUCCUAGGACUGCCUAGGUGCUCCACUGUCACUUUGCCAGGGCUCUGCCACUACGCAGGCAGAGGUGAACCAAACAAACAUCCCGCUUGUGU